UAUUCACUUAAAGAAGCUGACAACCCAAUUGGUGUUGUUUUAUAUCUAAGGAUAACAAAAACACCCACUUUUUCCUAUCUGAAUUGGAUUUCCGAUUCACUAUCAAAAAAUUUUUGAAAUUUCGUACCAAAAUCAUACGAAAAUGCCACCACCAAUUGCUCUGUCUGCUUCUUCUUCUUCUUCUUCUUCUUUCUAUCUUCUAACUCCACCCACUUCUUCUUCUUCCCAAAGAAUACCAAAGACGCCUCCUUUUUCAGCCAACAACAGAGACAGAGACACCACUCUCCCUCUAACCGCAACCAAAACGCUCCGCUUCUCUCGGCGUCGUUCAAUGGCUUGCUCCGCCGUUUCCAUCGAGAAGGAGACGCCGGAGGCUCAGCGACCAGACACAUUCCUCCGGGAAUCGUCUUCGUCGUCCUCCGUACGGGCACGCUUCGAGAAGAUGAUACGUGACGCUCAGGAUUCCGUCUGCAAGGCCAUUGAGGCUGCUGACGGUGGGGGAAAGUUCAAGGAGGAUGUGUGGUCGAGACCCGGUGGUGGUGGAGGGAUUAGCAGGGUCCUUCAAGACGGCGCCGUUUGGGAGAAAGCUGGGGUCAAUGUCUCUGUUGUCUAUGGCGUUAUGCCUCCUGAGGCUUAUAGGGCUGCUAAGGCUGCCUCUGCUGAUCUCAAGCCUGGUCCUGUUCCUUUCUUCGCCGCCGGCAUUAGCUCUGUUUUGCAUCCCAAUAACCCUUUUGCUCCAACAUUGCAUUUCAAUUAUCGAUAUUUUGAGACUGAUUCUCCACAAGAUGCUCCCGGAGCACCUCGACAAUGGUGGUUUGGUGGUGGAACUGAUUUAACUCCUGCAUAUAUCUUUGAGGAGGAUGUUAAGCACUUUCAUUCAGUUCAAAAAAAGACUUGUGACAAAUUUGAUCCUACAUUCUAUCCCCGCUUCAAGAAAUGGUGUGAUGAUUACUUCUAUAUCAAACAUCGGGGUGAGAGACGAGGGCUUGGAGGAAUAUUUUUUGAUGAUCUUAAUGAUUAUGAUCAGGAGAUGCUUCUUUCGUUUGCAACUGAAUGUGCAAAUUCUGUUAUUCCUGCGUACAUUCCUAUUAUAGAGAAAAGAAAGAAUACACCAUUUACAGAUAGACAAAAGGCAUGGCAGCAAUUGCGAAGGGGACGCUAUGUCGAAUUCAAUUUGGUCUAUGAUCGUGGUACAACAUUUGGAUUAAAGACAGGUGGUAGAAUUGAGAGUAUUCUUGUUUCUCUUCCACUAACUGCUCGGUGGGAAUAUGACCAUAAACCGGAAGAGGGAAGUGAAGAAUGGAAACUAUUGGAUGCUUGCAUCAACCCAAAGGAAUGGAUCUAACCUUUUGGACCGUAUGUUUUUGUAUAAUAGUUUAUUAUCUUUUAGCUUUUCUAAGUUUGCUUUUCGUAGCUAUGAGUUAGAAGUUGGCGAUUAAUGUCUUUAUGAGAGUAAUUCAUUAGAUGUACAAGGUGAUUUAAGUGUAAUGUUAUGAGUUAAACUUGCCGUAUAAACCGUCUGUUGAAUAAUUUACUUUCUUUAAUACAGCUAACGAGUUGGUAGUUCUUUUAAUGAUUAAAUAACAAUACUUUUCCAGUA